AUGCAGUGUGCGGGGAAGAUCGUUGGAGCGAUGAAUCCCCACAACGCCCAGAUCCACUCAGUGGGUCAAAGGCGAUGUAUAAGUUAUCGACCAACAACCGUUGUCCCAACUGUCAGCCCACCGGGGACGUUGCACACAGGGGCCUUGCCUGCACAUGCUCUUGGGCAUGGCCAACCUACUGUGCAGCAGACCCAUCGCAGUUGCAUCCCAUUUGCAGCCAAGGGAACUGAGGCAAUAGGGGAAAGUGAGCCCUUGAACCUGAGUGAAGUUGGGGAGGAAGAAGAGGUGAGCAUCCGCCGUCGACCUCCCUUUGGAAGUGACAGCCAAGCGUGUGGACCUUUGGGCUUCAAGGUGCCCCUGCCUGAUGCCAAUGAGCCCAGGAACAUUCUGGAAGAGAUCGUUUGGUGGAAGGCCAAGGAAAUUGAGAGCAUGAGGGAGGCCAUGCCACUGGCAGCGUUGCAGAGCAAAUUGAGGCUCUGCAAACCAACAAGAGACUUCAAAGGAGCCCUAUCUGAGCGCUUCAAGGCUACAGGCCGACCCGCACUCAUCGCAGAAGUGAAGAAGGCAUCCCCAAGUAAAGGUGUCAUACAACCGGAUUUUGACCCUGUCAGGAUAGCUAAAGGCUACGAGGGAGGUGGUGCCACUUGCCUCAGCGUUCUGACUGAUUCCAAAUACUUUCAGGGGAGCUUUGAGAACUUGCAAUCAAUUCGCAGAGCUGGCGUUGCAUGUCCCCUGCUUUGCAAGGAGUUCAUAGUGGAAGCAUACCAAUUGUUCAAGGCCAGAGUCAGCGGAGCAGAUGCAGUGCUGUUGAUUGCUGCUGUUCUUCCAAACAAGGAUCUCACGUACCUCAUGAAGUCAGCAAAUGCCCUGGGACUGCAGUGCCUUGUCGAGGUGCACAAUGCAGCAGAACUGUCGCGCGUUCUGAGGGUCGACGGAAUUGACAAGCAAAUCAUUGGCAUAAACAACAGGGACCUGACAACUUUCAAGGUCGACCUUGACAACACCAGGCAGAUCCUGGAGAGCGAAGCAGGGCAGCAGGCCAAGGAGAGAGGAAUAAUGGUUGUGGGCGAGUCUGGAAUCUUCACACCGGAAGAUGUGCAGUUCCUACUGGAG